UCGAAAUAAAAGCCGCGUUAAAAAGACAAGGUUGGUGGGGGUUGGAGUAAAGAACAAUUGAAUUUUCUACGUAAAAACAAACAAGACAUGUGAUUUCUGCUCUCAGUCAACUCUCAUUAUCCUUUCCAAAUCAAUCAAAACCUACUGGCAUAAUUCUGUUCAAACAUAAACACCAUGUAUAUUUCUGAAUCAUCAAAAAAUUUCUUAAUUUUCUCCUUGUUCUUGCAUAUCCUGAUCAUUCCUGCUACUUAUUCCCUCGACAGCAUCGCCAUUUCUUGCGGUUCUUCCGGGAAUUCAACUGCACUCGAUGGCCGAAUUUGGAUCGGAGAUUCGACGCCCAAAUCCACAUUCUCACCGCAAAUUAACGGCAAAACUUCCGAAUCAAGAACCACCGACAAACUUGCCUCGCUCGAUUCUGUACCAUAUAAAACCGCUCGAGCGUCUCGCCACGAGUUUACUUACGUUUUUCAAGUCAAUCCAGGUCAGAAAUUCAUCCGCCUCCACUUCUAUCGAGAUUCAUCGUACAAGGGAUUCGAAAGUUCUAAAGCCCUGUUCACCGUUAAAGCUGGACCUUACACACUCCUCAGCAACUUCAGCACAUCUCUUAUUUCCGAUGUUUCGGGUGAAAAGCAGAUACUCAAAGAGUACUGUGUUAAUGUAGACGAGAGCCGAGCAUUGACCUUAACUUUCUCACCAGCUCAGAAAGAAAGGAAGUCAGAUGAUUUCUAUGCCUUUGUCAAUGCAAUUGAGGUUGUCUCGAUGCCCACCGGUCUUUACUUCACUCCAGAAGGGGAGUUGGGUGCCCUCGUUGUUGGCCAAAAGUACAGAUUCUACAUAGAUAACACCACAGCAUUCGAGCUCGUUCGGCGUCUGAAUGUUGGCGGAACCACCAUCUCACCAGCGGAAGAUUCAAGAAUGUUCCGGAGAUGGGACGAGGACUCCACAUACUUGAUGGAAGCAGGUUCUUUUCCUGUCGAAACUUUAACUACGGUUGGAUAUAGAGGGACAUCAACUCACGUUGCACCAAUCAAAGUUUACGAUACAGCAAGAACGAUGCAAACCGUCACUACGAAUAAUCUCACAUGGAGAAUACCAGUGGAUUUAGGAUUUAGAUACUUAACCAGGCUCCAUUUUUCUGAGCUUCACCCGAGGAUAGCACAGCAGUUUUCGAUUUUCAUAAACAAUCAGAUUGCAGAGAAUGAUGCUAAUAUUAUUCAACGGGGUGGAGAAUCUGGAGUUGCAGUUUACAGAGACUACAUUGUGAUGAUGGAUGGAGAUAAAACGGAGGGAAAGCGCCACCUCAGCAUCACUUUUCAGGCCAAGAUUGAAUCAACAUAUAGACAAUUCAACGGGUUAGAAGUAUUCAAGUUGAGCAACCCCGACAACAAUCUAGCAGGCAUGGGGCCCGUUCUCGAGCUGCAGAGUUCAACAUCAACGCCACAGCAAAAGAAACCGAAGUCAAUUUACAGUUCUAACAUGAUUGCCGCCCUGCUGACAGUCAUCCUAGCCUUAUUGAAUAUUGCUGUUUACCACCUGAGAAUAAUUUCUGAAACAAAUUCUGGGACAAGGAACAUAAGAUCAUCAACCAUGGAGCCUCGGUGCCGUCGAUUUCCAAUCGAUGAAAUCCGAUUGGCGACCAACUAUUUCGACCUACGAUUUCAUAUUGGAAGUGGAGGAUACGGCAGAGUCUACAAAGGGAGUAUUGAUGGAGGGGCUACAGUGGUUGCAAUCAAGCGGUUGAAAUCAGAGUCCAGACAAGGGGACACCGAGUUUUGGACAGAGAUCAAGAUGCUGUCCAAGAUCAGGCACAAGCAUCUCGUCUCUCUGAUUGGCUACUGCAAUGACGGUCAAGAGAGGGUGUUGGUUUACCACUACAUGGCUCAAGGAACGCUUUCUGACCAUAUCUACAAAACAUACAGGCAUGGGAAAUCGAAUCCUCCUCUCUCUUGGGAACUGCGCCUCAAGGCCUCGAUCGGUGCUGCACGUGGCUUAUACUAUCUGCACUCCCGGCAUAGGGUCAUACACAGAGAUGUGAAAAGCUCGAACAUUUUGCUGGACGAGAAUUGGGUUGCCAAAAUCUCGGAUUUCGGACUGUCCAAAAUGGGACCGACGAAUGAUUCAUUCACACACAUCAGCACAAACGUCAAAGGCACGUUUGGUUACUUGGAUCCAGAGUACUUUUUGACUCGCAAACUGACGAGAAAAUCUGAUGUGUACGCUUUCGGGGUGGUGCUAUUCGAAGUGCUGUCUGGAAGACCUGCAGUGGAAAUAAGACUCGAGGAGGAGAAACAUAGCCUAGCCGGAUGGGCCCGAUAUUGCAUUAGAGAGGGGAGAGUGGAUCAACUUAUUGACCAGAAUCUGACAGGGCAGAUUUUACCGGCUUGUCUGAAAGUGUUUGUAGGAAUUGCUGGGAGAUGCUUACACACUCAACCACAGGGGAGGCCUGCAAUGGCUGAUGUAGUGAUGGGCCUUGAGUUAGCACUGGCUUUACAACAGAGCACCGAUCCAAUGGAAGAGGAAGAAAAUAUCGGACGAACUGACAGUGAUCGGAGCGACGGGGUUAUUUCUAUGGAUGAUAUUAUGACUCCUCCAAAAGGCGAAUCGGAUAGGAUUAUUAUCGAAGAUAAUCCCAGCUCAAGUACGAGAAUCAGAGGCAGGGAUCAAAAGAACCCAAAACUCAAGACCAAGGACAGCAGUUCCGCCACUAACUCGACACAUAAAUGGUGGUGGGAUCCAUUCGGAAUUUUACCAAGAACACCAUCAAAGCCGAAAGCUUCACCGCAAGCAGUCAUCCACCAUUUCUCUAUCCAGGAGAUUCAGACAGCCACAAACGACUUCCACAACAGUCUCGUCAUUGGAUUUGGAGGAGCGGACAAUGUAUACAAAGGAUGCAUAAACGGUGGGCAAAAACUCGUUGCAAUCAGACAGUCAAGAACUAGAGAGUCCCGACUCUGCAUGUCACGUGAGUUGCAAUCUCAGAAAGAGACACAAACGAAAUCUUCUCCAAGUCAAAAGCAUGUGGUCUCUCUUAUAGGGUACUGCGAGACGGAAUCGGAUAUGGUUCUUGUAUACGAGUACAUGCCAAAUGGAACACUGUACGAUCACCUUCACGAACCUCUCAAGAGUCCCCUCCCAUGGAAACGAAGACUGCAGAUCUGCAUCGGUGCAGCACGAGGACUAAUCUAUAUCCAUUCCACUAUCAAGCAGACAGUGCUUCACCGUGACUUCAAAUCCACCAACAUUUGGCUAGACGAGAAUUUUGUUCCGAAGGUGUCGGAAUGGGGUUUGUCCAGAAAUAAAGGAAAUAAUCGAGUCCCAACAACUGCCAGAGAUAACUGGGGGUAUUUGGAUUCAGAUUACAUACGUGGAGAAGAGUCAACGGAAAAGUCUUACGUAUACUCGUUUGGGCUGGUCUUGUUUGAGUUGCUUUUUGACAAUAAAGAAUCGGAUCGUUGGUUGGACGAGGAUCAAGUGAGUCUAGCCCAGUGGAUCAAGUCGUGCAUGAGAAAUAACCUUUCUGGUUGUAUUGAUCCAUUUCUGGUGGGCAGAGUAUCACCGGAUAGUCUUAGAAUAUUUGUAGAAACUGCUGGAAGGUGUUUACUCGAUCAUGGGAAUCGACGGCCAUCAAUGAACGAUAUAGUGACACAACUCGAGGCUGCAUUAGAGCAGCAAGAAGUCACAGAAGGUAAGGUGCUCAACUCCUAAGGAGCUGACUCAAUACAUAUCGAUAUCCAGUCAGAGAGUCAAUAAUUCUAGGAUUCAACACGAGUCGAAUGCGUUUCAACGACUAUUAUCGUACUUGUUUCUGAUUUACCGCAAUGCACACCCUAAAUAUAGAAUUUAUUUAUCUUGAUUUCUUGAAUGAAAUAUUAGCUACUAUGUUCA